AAAUCUAUGUACAAAUGGUUUCAAACAUUGUAUUAUCAAUGGGAUAAAUAUGUUUAUACAGUGUGUAUAUUAGCUGGAUGUCUAAACUAUGGCAUAACGAGCCAGAUAUUUGCAGCAUGCACAGUYGACUUCAAGUUCAUAUUUCACACAUCUAUGGCAAAGAUAUCAAUUACCAACACAUUCUCAGCGGCCGGUUAUUUAGCCGGAGCUUUGUUUGGAUUUUCCUAUAAAUAUAUCAAUAGACAGCUGGCAUUGACAGUAUUGACKGCAUUGAUGGCAGUGACUACUAUUGUGAAGCCUAUGUGUAAUGAUCUUUGGUUAUUCUACUUAUUGGCAUUUAUAUAUGCAGUGGGCGGYGGGGCCUGGGAUAGUGGCAAUCAAGUCUGGAGUAUUGAAAUUUGGGGCGACUAUAGUCCCGCUAUUCUACAAUUGCAGCAAAUGAUGUAUGGUUUGGGUACAGUGUUGGCACCAUUGAUAGCCGAACCUUAUUUAUUCGGAGAUCUCGUCCGAGAGGGAUAUGAUGACCACCAUCAUCACGAUCACGAUCAUCAUCAUCACACAUACCAACCUUAUCCAUCACAAACUAGUUCCCAGUUAUUUAAUAUGACAUAUAAUACAAGCCAUUACAUCAAUAAUAACAAAAAUGGUCACAAAGAUAGCAUUAACUAUUCAUUUGAUAGACGACCGUCUCUUGAAAAACCGUUUUUAAUAACAGGAGCCAUAUCUGCAAUGAUGCCGAUUGUAUUGUUCGUAAUGUUUAUAGUGAAGAGAUAUAAAAAGUCAGAUCAAAAUGUAAAUAAAUGUACGAAUCAAGCGAAAGGCCUACAAAGUAUGGUUGACUGCUAUUCACCGAAAACCCGGUUUUUACAGAUMAUACURUUUGCCUGUAUUUUCAAUGCCUAUUCGGGUGUAGAGCAGACCUACCAGAAUAAUAGCGACACAUAUAAUCAAUAUCUGCCUGAUAUCGAAAUAUCAGCCAAAAAAGCGGCAAAUAUAUUGGCAGUAAUGACGGCCACCUAUACGGCCGGUCCGUUAUUGACAGCACUAUUUACCCGUCGAUUUAGUCCAGAAAUUUUGAUCACAUAUCACAUGACUAUUAUAUUGGCUUCACUUAUAUUUUUACAAUUUAGUACACAUUCAAUAACUUUGAUUUGGAUCGCAAAUGUUAUAAUUGGAUAUGGUAUGUCCUCAAUGUAUCCGUCUCUGUAUGCCUUCACCGAUAAACACCUGAUACUGAACAACAAGAUAACUGCAAUUACGGCYUUCUUUUCUGGACUGUUCCCAUUGGUGUCACCCUUUGUUAUCGGUGCCAACAUUGAAAAGCGUCCGCAAAUAUUUCUCUACCUUGAGUUGGCCUAUACUGUCAUAACUAUUGUUAUAUUUAUUUUUAUUUUGUUUGUCAUCARACAAGUCAAACGUAAAGUCAUAGCAAAGUCAGCAAAUGUUACUAAAUUGUGA